UAAAAUUAUAAAAAUGUUAAAAUCCCCAAAUUUGGAAACCGCCGAGGAGCAUCCAAAACACUCAGCUGUAUUAAUAGGAGGUUCGUCAAUGUUUAACAGUGAUAGACAGGCACUUUUGGGGGAUACAACAGAAAAGUUGACGAUAAGUUAUGGAACUUUAACAACAGAUUCAAGUAAUAGUUCUACUGACCCAUUAACAAAUGGAAGAAAACCGAAAAAAGCAAAGGAAAAACCUCGCAAACUUGGACUUUUCUCUUCUUCAACAGCUUUAGAUUAUUUUCUCAUUAUUGUUGGUACUUUUGCAUCUGUAGUUCAUGGAGCUGGAUUUCCUUUACUUUCUAUUGUGUUGGGUGGAAUGACUUCAGUAUUUCUUCGUGCUGAAAAUUCUGAUUUUGUGCAUGCUAAUGAACCUUCAACUUUUAAAAAUGCAAGCUCAACUGAUAAUUCUACGAUCCCGCCUCUUUCUAGUGAAGAAUUUAAACAUCAAAUAUUUAUUUAUUCAAUGUAUUAUUUAUUUCUUGGUUUUGUUAUGUUUAUUACUUCUUAUAUCCAGAUAGCCUGUUGGGAAGCAGCAGCAGAAAGAUUAGCACAUCGUUUGCGUCAAAAUUAUUUACGUGCAAUUUUAAGACAAGAUAUUGCUUGGUUUGAUACUGUUCAAACUGGAAAUUUAACUGCUCGUUUAUCUGAUGAUUUGGAAAGGGUUAGAGAAGGAUUGGGGGAUAAAGCAUCUCUUUUUAUUCAAAUGUUUGCAGCAUUUAUUUCAAGCUUUGUUGUUGGAUUCUUUUAUAGUUGGCAAAUGACUGUUGUGAUGGCUUUAUUUACCCCAGCAAUAGCUUUAACUUCUGCUUGGAUGGGGAAAAUGACAGCUUCUAGAACACAAGUAGAACAAGAUAAAUAUGCAAUUGCUGGGGCUAUUGCUGAAGAAACUUUAAGUUCUAUGAGGACAAUACAUUCUUUAAAUGCUGAACAGCAAGAAUUGGAAAGAUAUGAGAAAGCAUUAGAAGAGGGUCGAAAGACUGGUUUACUCAAAUAUCUUUAUAUGGCACUUGGAGUUGGUAUAAGUAAUAUAAUUAUGUAUGUAUCUUAUGCUGUUGCUUUUUGGUAUGCGGCUAAAAUUGUAUUGUGGGAUCCGGAUUUUGAUAGGGGUGCUGUUUUUACUGUUUUUUUUGCUGUAAUGAGUGGUUCAACGGCUCUAGGUGGUGCUCUUCCUCAUCUGGCAAGCAUAACUUCUGCUAAAGGGGCUGCAAGACAUGUCCUUAGAGUUAUUAAUAGAAAACCACAUAUAGAUCCAUACAGUGAUGAUGGGCAUAUUCUUUGGGAAGUGAAAGGGGCAAUUCGUCUUCAAGAUGUGCAUUUUACUUAUCCGUCAAGAAAGGAUGUUAAGGUUUUAAAAGGCGUCUCAUUUUCAUUGGAACCUGGAAAGAAAUUGGCUUUAGUAGGUGCUAGUGGAUGUGGAAAAUCAACAAUAGUUAAUUUAUUACUUCGUUUUUAUGACCCAACUAGAGGCACAGUUCUUUUGGAUGAUCACGAUUUGAAAAGAUUAAAUGUUAGAUGGUUAAGGGAUCAAAUUGGUGUUGUUAGUCAAGAACCUAUUCUUUUUGAUGGAACUUUGGAGGACAAUAUAAUGUUGGGGAAUGAAAAUGCAAGCAAAGAACAAUUAUUGGAAUCCUGUCGUUUAGCCAAUGCCUUAGAAUUUAUUCAAAAAUUGUCUGAUGGUUUACAAACUAGAGUUGGUGAAAGAGGUGCUCAAUUGAGUGGUGGCCAAAGGCAGAGAAUAGCAAUUGCUCGGGCAUUAAUUAAAAACCCAAAAGUUUUGCUUUUGGAUGAGGCCACAUCUGCUUUAGAUACAGAAUCGGAAGCACUAGUUCAAAAGGCAUUGAAUAAGGCUCAAGAAGGUCGUACAACAAUAAUUGUUGCUCAUCGAUUAUCAACAAUUCGAGACGUUGAUCAAAUUUUAGUUUUCAAAGAAGGACGUAUUGUUGAAGUUGGAACCCAUACAGAACUUUACAAUCAACAUGGAAUUUUUUAUGAGAUGGUCAAUCAGCAACAAAUUCACAAAAGAGAAGCAGAGAGAGCUCUUGGAAUUUUAGAAGAGGAUGGAUUAACUACAAAUGAAGACGAACAAACUGACGAUAUAGACCUUUCACCACAAACUGGUGGUGAUGCACAACCAUUAUUGUCUUCAUCUAGAGGUUCUCUUCGUUCAUUAAAAGGUGCUGCUUCUUCUGCUUCCCCUCGAAAAUCAUCACAACAUAUUGCUCCUAAAUCGUCUUCGUCUCCUGGCCCAUUGAAAGGAUUAAGAAGGAGACGGACAUCAGACACUUCAGAUGUUGUUCAAAUCAGUCAAAUGCAAUUAGAAGUGGAAGAGAGUCAAAUAAAACCUUCAUCAAUCGCAAAAGUCUUUCAAUUUAACAAAGGAAAUUGGUCCUUUGCAUUUCUUGGUCUUUUUGGUUGUACUAUAUCUGGUUUAGUCGUUCCAUUUUUUGCUCUCGUCUAUGCACAAAUUUUUGCUGUGUUCAGUGAACCACCAGAAGAACUUGAAAGGGAUUCUUUAUUUUGGUCUGCAAUGUUUAUUGUUUUGGGAUUUUUUGCUGCUCUUGGAUUCUUUAUUUCGGCAAAUAUGCUUGGCAGAAGUGGAGAAGCCUUAACUAAAAAACUUCGAUUAGAAUCUUUUAGAAAUCUUCUUCGCCAAGAUAUUGGAUUUUAUGAUGAUGAAAGGCAUAAUACAGGGAAAUUAUGUACUCGUUUUGCGACUGAUGCACCAAACGUUCGAUAUGUAUUUACUCGUUUAAUGGUUGUUAUUUCAUCAAUCGUUACUCUAAUUGGUGCUAUUGCUAUUGGAUUUUUAAACGGCUGGAAAUUGGCAAUAAUUUUACUUAUAAUUAUUCCUCUCAUAAUUGCUAGCGGUUAUUUUGAAAUGCAACAACAGUUUGGAAAGAAAAUGAGAGAUACAAAAUUGUUAGAAGAUGCUGGCAAGGUUGCUUCCGAAGCUGUAGAAAAUAUUCGGACUGUUCAAGGAUUAAAUAAACAAUUGGUUUUUCAUCAAAAAUAUUGUGAACAAUUGGUUAAUCCGUACCUUUCAAAUAUUAAACAAGUACACGUUUAUGGGGCAGUUUUUGCAUUUUCUCAAUCUUUAAUUUUCUUUAUGUAUGCAUUAGCAUUUUGGAUCGGUUCGAUAUUUGUAUUAGAUGGAAGUAUGACUCCAACGGCUGUUUUUCGUUCAUUUAUACCUGAUGUAGUAAAGGCACGUUUGGCUGCUUCUUUACUUUUCCAUUUAAUUGAAUAUCCUCCACAAAUCGAUUCUUUAUCCGAAUUUGGAGUAAGACAGAAUGUAAAGGGCCUUAUUCAACUUCGAAAUGUUUAUUUUUCUUACCCGUCUCGCCCUGGCGUUCCAGUGCUUCGUGGUCUUUCAUUGGAUGUUCAAAGUGGUCAAACUGUUGCUUUAGUUGGAUUUUCUGGAUGUGGAAAGAGUACAAUAAUGGCUUUACUUGAACGUUAUUAUUCGCCUAUACGUGGUUCUAUUCUUUUGGAUGGUAUCCCAAUAGAAGAUAUGAAUAUCCACAAACUUCGUUCUCAAGUUUGUAUAGUCUCGCAAGAGCCAAUACUUUUUGAUUGUUCAAUACGUGACAACAUUUUAUAUGGAUUACCUGACCAAAAGAAGAUUUCUCAUGAAAAAAUUGUAAAUGCUUGUACUUCUGCAAAUGCACAUAAUUUUAUUAUUGGAUUGCCUGAUGGUUAUGAUACUCGUGUAGGAGAAAAAGGAAUACAAUUAAGUGGAGGACAAAAACAAAGAAUAGCUAUUGCUAGAGCUUUAAUACGUGAUCCUGCAGUGUUGUUGUUAGAUGAGGCAACUUCUGCUUUGGAUACAGAAAAUGAAAAGGUUGUACAAAAAGCACUAGAAACAGCACGUGAAGGUCGUACUUGCCUUAUAAUUGCACAUCGAUUGUCAACAGUUCAAAAUUCUGAUGUUAUUGCUGUUAUUGAUGAAGGAAAAGUUGUUGAAUUGGGAACUCAUAACGAAUUGUUAAGUCGUGAUGGAAUUUACAAGACGCUAUGUGAAACACAAAUUUUAAAAGACAAUAAUACUUGA